UUCAGUUUUUGAAGUUAGUUGUCAUCGGCCGCUGGAUUGUAGCUGGAAUUCUGUUGCUAAAACGCAGUAUAUGAUUAUUGGGGAUUAAUUACAGUCAUAAACCUAAUAAGAGUCAUUUUUAAUUCGUGGCUGUGGUUCUGUAUCGGCGAAUUAAUGUCCAAACGGCUAGCUGCGGAUGUCGCCUGUUUACUAAACGUGCUCUAGGCGCUAAAGUUUUUGUAUGAGUUGAAGGCUUUGCUUGUGGAUAACGGGAGGGAGAGAAGGGAAGGCCCGGUGAAGCCUCGGCUUUGGAGUGGUUAUCAUGGCCGGAAAUUUUGACGCGGAGGACCGCAGCAGCUGGUUUUGGGGUCGGUUGAGCAGGCAGGAGGCUGUGUCUCUGUUGCAGGGGCAGCGGCACGGCGUGUUUCUAGUCCGGGACUCCAUCACCAGCCCCGGCGACUACGUGCUCUCGGUAUCAGAGAACUCCAAAGUCUCGCAUUACAUAAUUAACAGCAUCAACAACAACCGACAAUCCUGUCCAGGUUUGGCCCAUCCGAGGUUCCGCAUCGGCGACCAGGAGUUCGAUGCGCUCCCUGCUUUGCUAGAGUUCUAUAAAAUCCACUACUUGGACACCACCACCUUAAUAGAACCCAUCAACAAGUCCAAACACACCUCCUUCAUCAGCGUUGGCCCUUGCGGAGGCCCCCCGCCUCGCCUGGAAGACGAGUAUGUCCGAGCGCUUUUCGAUUUCCCCGGCAACGACGAGGAGGAUCUCCCAUUUAGGAAGGGCGACAUUCUCCGAGUGCUCGAGAAGCCAGAGGAGCAGUGGUGGAACGCCCAGAACUCUGAAGGCCGGGCGGGGAUGAUCCCUGUGCCGUACGUGGAGAAGUAUCGACCAGCGUCUCCCAGUUCGGCGGCGGCGCCCGGUGUGCCUGGGGGUGCGUCUGGAGGAAUGGGGAUGCUAGGGAACUCUGACAGCUCUACAAAUCAGUCUGCCGCGCCACUACUGGGAGACCCCAGCCAGUAUGCCCAGCCCACCCCUCUCCCAAAUCUCCAGAAUGGACCUGUCUAUGCCAGGGCCAUACAGAAGAGGGUGCCCAAUGCCUACGACAAGACUGCCCUGGCCUUAGAGGUGGGCGAUAUGGUGAAGGUGACCAAAAUAAACGUGAACGGCCAAUGGGAGGGUGAAUGUAAAGGCAAACGUGGCCACUUUCCCUUCACGCACGUCAAACUGCUGGACCAGCACAACGCAGAGGACGAGCUCAGCUGAGAGCGGACAGCCGGGCCGCAACCUGGACACUAGUAUUAGACCCUUCCUCACCCCUCCCUUCCUUCCCGUUCCACACACUCACCCGAUCCCCCUCCCUCACGUCUGCUCCAGCUCUUACCUGCACCAAGUACAGUUUCAGAGAAUCACUGAGAACAAAACAAACAGGCCCUUGUUGGACACACCCUUCAUCUCUACCCCUCUGAAUAAUGAUACCCGCCCUUCUCCACCACCUGCUCUGACUGACUGACAUAAGAAGGGGUCAUAUACUCUCCAGUGGAGCUGUAAACUGAAUCAUGUCCCAAGGAAGUGGCAACACCCUUCAGAUCCUCCCCCUCAUCGCGUCCCUGCCGUGGAUGUGUUAUCAACACUUGCUCCUCCGGAGACUCCUCGCCGCAGAGUUCAACCACUUCCUCUUCCUGUGUUGGAGCCAGCAGAUAACUGCUCAGCGCCGUGCCAUUUUUCAUCCUCGCCCUCAUCCAUCACCAUGGUUACAGCCCUGUAGGAUCACUUAUGCUGCAUUCAUGUCAGAUGGGAGUACAGUGGAUAGUGGAAGAGUGACAACACAGUUUUUAUGUAUUUUGUCUUGUUUAGAGCUGUUAAGGUGCCCGUUUUUGAAUUUGCACAAACUUUAUUUAAAGGAAUAGUUUGCCGUUUUUGGAAAUAUGCCAAUUUGUUUUCUUGCCAAGAGUUACAUGACAACAUUAAUAUUUACUUCGUUUUAAGACAGUAAAUAUGAAGCUACUGCCAGCAGCCAUUUAGCUUAGCUUAGCUUAGCGUAAAGACUGGAAACAGGGGGAAACAGCUAGCCUAGCUCUGCGUGAAAGUAACAAAACCCACAUUCCAGCACAUUUUAAAGCUUAAUGUUUAAAACAUUUUGUUUUGUUUGUUUAAUCUGUGAAAAAACACAUUUAAAAAAGACAAUUUAGUAUUUAAUUCAUUGGGGAUUAUGUGCUGGCUGGGGCCUGUUGCCAAGCAACCAGCAGGUACUCCAGGAAGUCACUGCACCCAGCAAAGAAAUAGUCCAACACAUUCCCCCUCAGAAAUAGCUGAAUGUUGCCUUUAUGGUAGCUGUAACUCUGCUGGUAGGCAGAUAAAGUUACAUUUGGACAAAGCCAGGCCAGCUGUUUUGCCUGCUUCCAGGCUUUAUGCUAAGAUAAGAAAAGUUACUGCUGGCGGUGACUUCAUAUUUAGCGUACAAGUAUGAGAAUGGUAUCGACCUUCUCAUUAUCUCAGCUCGAAAGCAGAUAAGUCUAACUCUGUUCUUUGAGUCCUGCUUUGUAUGUUCCACACUUCCAGUGCAUGCAUGGAAAGAGUGAUGAAUCAUGCAAAAUCAAAGUUGCGCUGUCAGCCAAACAGGUUAUACAGUUAUUCACUCAAAUCUGCCAUGGUGGCAUUCUGUUUUUUUGGGCCUUUGUUCGUCCAAACUGGUAUCUUCUUGGUGAUGAAUGUCUUAGUUUAGAAAAUUAAAUACACAGGUGUCCUGAUUAAUAUUUUAUUCUAAAAUAAUGUUUCAGGGAUCUGUAGGGGUUUAACACCUAACAUAUACAUUUCCAAACCUGGACUGAACAAUAUUCUCUGACAGUGUUUACUACUUACCUAACUAAGUUGUGCUUAAAGGUAUUUUCUGGUCUAAAAGAAUGCAUCUACAGUUGUUCUUACUGGACAUGAAUGCAGCAUUAUUUUAGCGUAACCCAAGACUGAGAGGUGAGAGCAGCGAGGCUCAAGUACAGCUGCAGCAUUUUAUCCCUGAAAAGAAAUGAAAGCGCCAGGUCAACUGGAGGUGUACAGUUUCCCCCCCAAGGAGCAGAGCAAGGACCAGUCCAGCACCCACCCUCACCCCCACCCCCCAUACCAAAUAUAAAAUGGAGAAAACAAAACUGAGUUGAGACCAGCAGCUAGGAGUGACUUCAUGUAGUUAUAGGCUUAGAGCAGGCCCCAGCAGUGAACCUGAGAAACUACAAGACUAUUGUUGAAGGGGAGGUAAAGGCAACACUACGCUCACCCUCUCCUCACCUCCCACCUUGGCUCACCUCAGCCCCAUCCACCCAUCUACUACGACCAAGUACCAUCAAGUAGUCUUUUGUAAGAAAAAAGAACAUAUUGUUAUGAAAUGAUGUACUAUGUGAUUAUCAUUACAUGCUAAAAUAUUGUUUUUGUUAUCUUUGUAGUUUUCUUCAUAGCUGAUUUUGUCCGGGAGGAAACCGUUUCGAUGUACACUUUUUACUGCUGCAUGUUGGGAGGGAGCGAUGGGUCACUGGUGCAAAAUGGAUAAGCUGAGGGGCCACAUCUGUUUUCCCCCAGCCCUCACAAGGCCACCUGGGUUCUCAUUCUGCAUCUGGUGUACAUGAAUGAAGUUGAACGGAGUGAAUGUAGGCUGUCCACCAUGUUAUUUAGUACUGUCUUCUCAUAUUAGUGCUCUACAUUCAGCUCACAAAGUAUACCUUAGCAAACAGACUCUUUGUUCACAUCUUGUCAAAUGUGUCCAAGAAAAUAGAAAGUGGUAUUAUUUGGUACCUGUCCUUGUUUUUAACCUUUUACUGAUCUUGUUGCCACCUUGCACCGUUUUGUUCUUUUUAUCCUCUGUCUUAUCAACCUGUUUCCUUUGUGCUUCCUCACUUAAUCCUCUGCCACUCUUUUACUUUAAGCCUUGUCCAUUAUGAUGCACAAGCCAACGUGGACUUUUUGUGUUACUGUUUUAUCUUGGCCUUCUGCCAUGUCAGAGAGAUCAGGCAAAUAGAACAGCAAAUUAUGUUGUAAUCCAGAUGUACUUUUUCCCCUCAAGAGGUUGUUUUCUGUUGAGACUGAAUCAGUCUAUUUGUUGACACGUGACAAUCAUCACCCUCGUGUGUCCUAACACUGACUGGUUUGGAUUGAAGCAGGCUGGGUGUGAAGCUUAGACCUUUGCCAGAGUGAACCUGGGCCACUUUGAAUUUGAGCUGUGAGAACUCACUGUCUCUUCUGAGUGAGGGCUUCCUCUCAAAUGUCACGGUACAGUAUUUCUGGCCAGCACACCAUGUCACCUCUAGGUGGCACUGUAACAGCAUUCAGAGAGCUGGGUCCUUCUGGACAGCAUAUUCUUACAGUGUUUAUGAGAUUAAAGGAGAUGAAAUUUGAUUUUUAACAGAAUGCACUUACUGCUUUUACACAGAGCUUGCAUUGAUGUAUGUCCUCCUUUUUACGUUUUUUAAUAUCCUUGAUUGCCCCCACACAGUUUUCUUGACCUCAUAGCUUUGCCUGAUUUCAUUUUCAAGUUGGCCAUUUUUCAAACCCGUGUUGAGAUAUUUACUAUUUAAUAAUAUUUGGUUGAUUUCUUAGAAAAAUCUGAUCUAGGAAAGUCACAUUUGUGUUUAUUGCCAGCGUUUGACACAGUCCAUUUUUAUUUGUGUACUUAUGAUCAAAUCAAGCUUCUUUGUCAUUCACACUGCACAUGGCAGGUGCUUAGCUACAUAAAUCAUUAUCUUACAAAUUGUGUUGCCAAUGAAACCACCAAGAAGUAUUUUUUUAGUAGCCCUGCAUGAAGUCAUUCAUUUCCUUUCAUAAAAAGGAACGGGUGGCCAGUGCCAGUGGAAAUUGUGUUAAUAUCAAAAUGUGCCAUUUUAUUAUAACACUAUAUUCUUUCAAGACAAUUUAAAUUACCUUUUUAUUUUCUGUAGCAUGUAAUGUGUUAAUAUACUAGUAAAUAAAGUCAAACCCAUGACAAAUGA